AAAAACAAGUCUCCAGUAUACGGUGAUAACUCGUGCGAAACGUGUCCUGGAAAGAGGAUGAAGCUUCUUAUUUUUUUUGUAAUGAUCCACGGUUUGUCGGCGAAGAGCACGGAGGAAGUCUUAUCAAUUGGCCGGUGGAAGGAGCAGGUUAUCGCACCGGAGUUUCUAUUAAACACUCGCGAAGAUGUCUCCGAGAGCAACCGGAACGCAUUUUUUUACGAGGACAAGCGUAACUUUCGUCCUGAGGGACUCGGUGAGGUUAAACGAAUCACCGGUGCCGAGGACAUCGAUCUACAACCACGUCUUGUAACGAGAUCUCUGUCAUGCAUCUGCGAAGCGCAAUAUGAAAUAAGGGAUCUGGGCGAAGGACACUAUCCGAGAUACCUGACCGCGUCAAGCUGCAAACAGAAAGCCUGUUUGAACAAGUUUAAUUCCUGCCGACUGCUGCACUACAUGGUUCACGUGUUAAGUCAACGCGAUUUGAGCGAGUUAAGUGACGAUCGUUAUUCGGACGAUAAUGAAUUUCCGGAAACACCACUUCCAGAAGCUCUCCGUCAUAGGUGGCAACUGAAGCCGAUGAGAAUCCCAGUUGCGUGUGUGCCGGCGACAGGUAGAAGAAAAUAAUAUAUGAUUAGAGCUUGGACGUAUAAACCGACGGAAGAGAUAGAAUUUAACAGCUUUUAUCAAACACGUUAAAGAUUAAUAAGUAUUUGGCAAAUAGAUUCGUACGAUAUAUUGAAUUUUACGCUUCUGCUUGCGUACAAUACACGGCUUACAAUACAAAAUGUAAAAUAUAAAAGUGAUAAAUAAAUAACUAGAUUGUGGA